AUGACGCCGAAACUGGAUCCCCCCGUCAAGAAGAACGCCUUUGUGCAUAAACUCUAUGGCAUGCUCAACAACCCAAAGUUAGCCCAUCUCAUCUGGUGGACUGGGCCCGACGAUUCCAAUACGUUUGCUCUUUAUCCAAGUAAAGAGUUUGCUGAUGCGCUUCUGGACUACUUCAAGCACGGCAAUGUGGCGUCGUUUGUUCGCCAGUUGCAUAUGUACGGCUUCCAUAAGAUCCUGGACCCCCAGCUGGCUUAUCACGACAAAGACCUGCCCAUCUGGGAAUUUCGCCAUUCACUGGGCAAGUUCAAGAAGAACGACGAGUCCUCCUUGGUGUAUAUCAAGCGUCGACUGCUGCUGAACUCCCUGCGCAACCUGUCGUUGCUUGAUAAUGAAAAUAAUCCUCCCCAGCAUCAGCCUCAUCCCCAUCAACAUCAACAGCCUCUGCGUUCCUCCCAUCCACAUAUCUAUGAUCCCCAUGGCAUUGCCUACUAUCCACAGCCGCCACGCCCAGGCCAGACCCAUCCACAUGCUCAUCCCCAGGCACCUCCUCCAUAUCCAUACGCGUACUAUGCUACUGCUGCUGGUGCUGUCCCUGUGGCCCAGUCCCAGUGGCCUCCACAUGUCCAUCUGACGCCCCAGGGGCUCCCGCCGUACGCUUACCAGGCCCAUCCCUACCAGCCUCCUCCUCAUCAGCCUGUCCAGGGCUUCCCUCCUCAUGUCCAGCAUCCUCAUGACCCACAACACAUGGCUUACCCAGGCGUGAUGCUCCCGCCUCCAACGCCAAAGGCUCCAGAAGCUAAGGAAACGAACAAUUCACAUAGUCCUUCGCCCAAGAGGCGAUCCCAUGAUGCUCUGGGUCUGCCUCAUACGGUCCUGGAACUGCCCCAUCUUCGGUACUCCCAUUCUACGCUGCUGCUUCCGACUUAUCCAGCAUCUACACAGUCAGAACCUCCUCGGUCCACAGCAUCAAGCGACGACGCCACUUUACAGUUUAGGAAACCCUGGGACGCUGCGCUGGAUAAGCGUCCCCGUCAUCCGUCGUUGCUUUUUGACCCAUUGGCUCCAAACAACAACCAUAAUCACAAUAACAGCAACAGUACACAGACCAGGCAACCCAAUGAGGCCAUUAAGCUUCCGCCAUUAGUGGGCCAAGGCCAAGCUUCCACAAGCCCUCCUACAGGCGCUCAGCCCAUGCCGCCAUUGCCUAUCCAACGUCCUUCGCUCUCUUCAGUGCCUAUCCGCAAAUCUGUCUACGAUAAGCUACGCCCUCUGUUGAUCGAACUACAUUCAGCAGCACAUCCACCUACGUCAGGCCAUUCUAGCGCCAGCGCUAGCGCUCCUGGCUCGGUGUCGACCCCACCACGUACCUUGGCAGGCCACAACUUUGACUCGAUUGGAUCAGGGUCGCUGUCGAUCUUCUCAGGCGCCUCGUCUAUUUCGUCGCUCCUGAGCGGGAACAGAUCGUCAUUUGGCUCUAUUUCAUACUUGAUUGAGGAAAACCGCAAGCCUUCGCUAGUGGCGCCUCACGAGAGACCGGCGUCACCACAAAUGCAUCCACCUGGGCCUCCAGCACCUCCAGCACCUCCAGCUGGUCAUCCUGGGCCUCCUGGUACGUCAGUGGUGACUACAAUCAUGGAAGAACGUGAAGGCGAUCAUCUUUCGCAGCCAAUGCCUCGGUUAGCGCAAGCAGAAGCAGUUGCGCUUGGGAAGACUUCUACAGAAGAGCAAGGCCAGACGACCAGCAGCGCUAAGAGUCUGACGACAUCGCCCAAGCCUUCUACCCCGCUGUUCAAGGCGAAAGUAUCGUACUUGCUUGAUGAUUCGAGCAAUGGAGUGAAAAGGCAAAAGACAGAAGCCAAAGAUAAUGAAACCGAAAAGACUGCUGAGGCCUGA